UACUAUGCCAACCGGACGUGUUUUGGUUUUAAAUGUGAGUUAACCAGGGUUAUUUCGGAAAAUUUAUACAACAACGUGGGAGGAAAAGCGAUUCUCUUGACGAGCCCUCGUCCGUCCACAUAGAAGCUCGGGGCGGACUGGAAGCUUACGAGGCGGAAGAAUAGAGCAGCUGGGCGGGAAAUGGAGGUAGACUGCCAGCCUGAGGAGGCCUGCACUUUUGAUGAGGACAGCAUUGAGCUGGGGGACGUCAAGGACAUGAGACUGGAGGCAGAAGCAGUGGUCAAUGACGUCCUGUUUGCCGUGUCUGAAAUGCACGUGUCGCAGAACCUCGGCAGUGCGUCAGACGUGGCUUACAUCAAUGUGGAGACAAGAGAGGGGAACCGGUACUGUCUGGAGCUCACGGAGGCCGGAUUAAGGGUGGUGGGCCACGUUUUCGACCAAGUGGACGAAGAUCUGAGCACCCAGUACCACGAAACCAUUUACUCACUUCUGGACACGCUCAGUCCGGGUUACAGAGAAGCAUUUGGGAAUGCUUUGCUGCAGCGGCUGGAGAUGCUGAAGCAAACAGACAAUGAAGGUGUUGCUCUGGAGACGUAGUGGAAUGCUAGCCAACAAAUAGUCAAGUUUUGGCCAAUUAAGAAACAUCAACUAACUAAAAUAUUGGAAUGAACUGUCCUAUCCAGUUCCUUUAUUCCAAGUAAAUAACAAUGAAUUCCUUCAUGGUAACAACGUAGUGAUGGUUUCUGAUUGGCUGUGGCAACAUUGUGCUUUUUAUAACUUAUAGUGGAAGCAUGCCCCACUAACCCAGAGUUAUGUUUUUGUUUUGCUCCUAUUAAUAGUAAUGCAGUCCCUCCUGAGCUCUUCUGCUCACUUCAAAACUGGGAUUAGUUAACUGCUAUAGGUUCAAACAAACCAACCAGUUUUUGAUCAUCAGGUAUGUCUUAGCAAGGAGCCACGGCUCUAUGCUUUUACGUGAAUACUGCCUUAAUAUAAUACAUUUUAAUAUUCAGAACUCAUUACUGUUCAUUUUUACUUAACGAGAUUUCAGUAAAUGUCUUAGUUAUUGUAGUUAUGAGUACAGCAAUGCAUUCCAUCUUAAUUUAGCAAAGCAGAAAAAAAGUUUGUUCUUUUAGGGGCAAAAAGAGCAUUUAAUCAUCUUUCCUGAUUUUUGUAGCUUAACUAUUUUCACUUUAUUGUGCAUGAUCAUUUGAUUUUGUGGACUAACUUAAAACUUGCAAAUUCAUACCCUUGUUACUUACCUCAAUAAAAUCUGACAUUGUCUCCAAGUG